AUGUUGAUUCUGUUAGAGAAGGUCAGUAUGGACAGUGACACCCCACUGUUGUUAACUGACAUGCCGAUAGCUGUAAACCUGAAGAAGAAACAAGACAAAGAUCUAAAUACAGUAUCCUCAAAGACAUCCUCUGCUGCUCAACCUGGUCCACUGGACAUUGAUGUACCAACUGUUUCAGCAGAAACAGUACCUCCGAUACCAGCCCUCAACAUGCCCCCGACAACGGACCUGAGCGUGCCCCAGAAAACGGCCCUUGACUACUCAGUGACAUUUAAGCCGUGGGAAAAAGAAUGGAAUCCUGUCCAGGACAAACUGCUCACUUACGUGCUGGACACAGGACGGCCUGGGGUGGAAAUUAUUGUGAAAGAAGGGCCCUUAUGUAUCACACGUGAAGAAUUCUGGAGCCUGGGUUUGCUAAGAAACAUGGAUUCUCAUGUGAGUAGUGGUUGCUUUAAAUUGAUUCAUGAAGCAGCUCAGCAACAUAGCAAAGACAUUUAUAUAGAGGACAUUUACGUCAUUCCUACAUGGAAGCUUACACAAAGCAACAUCAUUGGCAACUUUCCAGAGGAUGUCGACAUGAAAGACUUCUUAGUCUUUCCGCCAUGGACCAUCGCAAACGGGCCAGAACACUUCAUUCUCUGUGUAAGGGAAUGCUACUGUUACUAG